GAAAAACGAUUGUCCAUCCGGUGGUGGCGUUACGUAUUGCCUGCAGAAAAAGUCUCCAGCGCGUCACAAGCAUAGCCGUUAGACGAGAUUGUGUAAGAUAGUUGAGGUUUUGCUGUCCGAUUUUAGGUCCUCUCCUGACGAAGAUCGAAGGAGCCAAACAUGCAUGCAGCAGCGGGCAGUGGAGGUGGUGGUAGUACGGUGGCUGGUGGUAGUGCUGCCACGGGAGGCGGAGGUGCCCAUCGAAGGCGCAAGAAACGAUCGAACUAUGGAAUCCGGUCGGUGGAGGUGAACCGCGGUACGAACGGGUUCGGAUUCACCAUUUCCGGCCAGCAACCUUGCAUCCUGUCCUGCAUCGUGGCCGGUUCUCCGGCCGAUCUGGCCGGCCUGCGGGCUGGCGAUUUUCUCAUCUCCGUCAAUGGUAUGAACGUGUCGAAGUUACCGCACGAAUCGGUCGUACAGCUGAUUGGCGGUACACACGGAACAAUACGGAUGGCGAUCGCCGAGAACUACUACUCGGACAGCUCGGACGAAGACAUCAUGUUUCACGGGGCGCAACAGCAGCAGCAGCAUCGCGCACGUCCAAAGUAUCCUCAUAAAGCAAAGUUCUCCCGUGCCACGGCCGCUAACGGUGCGUUGACUGGCAACGGUUCAGGAGCAAAUAAUGGCCAGCAAUCCACCAACGAUCGAUCGACGGCGGUUGCUUGUGUUGGUUCACCGAUCAAAGCGUUGUCUUCGCCACCGCCACCACUAGCCCAUCAUCAUCAUCAUCACCACCAACAGCAGCAGCAGCAGCAAGAGCAGCCGCUGCAACAGCACGGUGAAAGUGGUGAUGAUUGCCUUCACGAAACGGCAACAUCGGCGACGGCCUACAACGUCAUCCAUAGCCCGAACGCUAGCAGUAGCUGUGAUAUUUCGAACGUUAGCGCGAUGGUACGCUCGGUGCAGCUUGGCGAGGAAUCUCCACUGCUGGCCAUCCAAGGUGCUGCCCGAGGAACUGGGACAAGUGUUGGAGCCGGACAAUCGGAAGAAUCACUCGAAUACCAGGCCGUAGUGGGGUACCUGGGAACGAUCGAGAUGCCGAAACAGAUUGCAACAAGCUCCAAGCUGCAGACGGUGCGCAGUUGCAUACGGAAGAUGCGCCAAGAGAAGCGCAAUCCUACGACAGUCCUGAUGACAAUACUGCCCUCCUGCCUGAAUCUGACCAACACCAGUAACAAUCUGAUCGCCAAGUAUGCGUCGGCGCGGCUCAGCUACGUGAGCAGUAGUAGCGAGAGUGACAACAAGUACUUCGGGCUGGUCACGUCAGCUAUCUACGCCGAUGGGCUAAUGUGUGAGAGCAGCGACGUUCUGUCGCACCGGAAGGAUGUGGUCAUCUCUAACAGCUGCCACGUAUUCGUGAUCGAUGCCAAGCUAGUCGAGCACGAGCUGCACCUGGAGAAGGCGGCCCUGUUCGGGAUCGUCUGCACCAAGGAUCCGAUCACGAACCUGUGCCUCGAGUUUCCCUCCAACUCGGAAUACGUGGUCAACCUGAUACGCAGCAUGUACAGUCUGAAGUCACUGAUGAAGGUCGAUGCGGCCGGUGUAGGAGGAAGGCCUCCCGUAGCCCGUAGUCUCAAUCUGGAUGGAUCAAAUGCGAAUGGUCCUUCAGCCGCCGGUGGUCGUUAUCCCCGUAACCGUUCGGCGGAUCCUCGGCUUAACGCACGGGUAGCAGACGAUCCUCACGAUGCGUUGGCCGCAAGCUCGCCGCAGCCGAGCAAUCACAGCGAAAUCACGACUACAUCAAGCAACUCGGAUUCGGGCAUCGGAUUCCACAACGAUUGCCGCAACAUCUCCGAUCGCAUCCUGUUGGUAGACUUUCCCGGAAUGCUUGGGCCGCAGCAGCAACGGUUGCUUCAGCAGCAGCAGAUAGCCAACGUGCGGGCUCACUACCGCAAAUCGCAUCCAUUUUUGCGACCCGCCGGUAUUAUUAACGAAAUUCCUCCAAAGCUGGAUCCGAUUCGUAACAUACGCAGCAUGACGGGAAGUGGAUUAGCUGGACCUUCGGGAGUGCAGCUGCAGGAUCAUCUAGGUGCGUCGACCAGCAGCGGUUCACGUUUGCAGAUCGUCCAUGGCAAAUCCAAAUCGGCUGACUACAGCUUUCCGUCCACAUCGUCGGCCAGCUUCGUGGACCGCCUUACUGUUCGGGCACGGCCUGAUCCGAAGGCGUUCGUAUCCGAUAGAUCCCCUUCUAAGGAGAACGCUUUGAACUGCCUCCACGCGCAUGACGAUCCAGUGGUGGGUUCGGAUGGAGAGGAAGCACAAAGUGGUCCAGACCCGUGGACCGAGGGACACACACUGGACGAGCAGGGUAAUGUGGUGCAGGAACGUGCCAUCGAUGUGCGCCCGAUGGCGGAUCUGUUUCGUGAUCUUGAGCGCUACAACACGGAUAACGUGAAGAACAGUCUCCUCGCAUCGGCACGCUCCUGUGACGAUAUGAUUCUUUCGCUGGGAAAGGAAGCAU